UGGGCCUACAGAUCCAGUUCUGGCUGCAUCUAUAAUUCAGAUUUUUAAUCCCCCACAGCCAUCAGCGUCACAGUUAUCCAGUCCACCUGUGAAGCAGUAUGAAUCCACAACUGUAGUGGAGGAUGGAAACUUCGCUGAGCUUCCCCCACCGCCAUGGCCUGAACUUGAUGUUGACCUGAGGACAAGGAUGGGCAACCUCACGCUGUCUGACAUGGGUGCCACUACUUACCAGCCUGUGGUGCCAGGGCCUAGAAAAUAUCCUUUUGCUUUCCCAGCUUCACAAGCACACUCUCAUCAGCUUUAUGCUCCUGAUGCUUGUGGAUUUCCUCCUCCUCCUACACCUAAAGAGCUUCAGGAGUUGCUAACACCUGCGGCCAUGCCCUUGCCUGCCCACCACAUGACAGGGCCCAUUUCCCCACGAUUCAGUGUGGUGCAAGCUUAUUUAAGUCCUCCAGCCUUAGCACCGAAGACAGAGCCCAAUCUACGACCUGUAGCACCUUAUACUGGGUCUGAAUUCGUGUACAGAGGACCUGCUCCUACGAUCCCUAAGUUCAGUCGUCCUGAUCCGGGUGAGUUCGCUCGACUCCGGAUAGCUUUGGAGAACUUGCUCCCUCCGGACGGGACUGAACUUUUUAAAUACCAGAUCUUAGUGGAUCACCUUAAGCUUGAGGAAGCCAGAAUGAUAGCAGAUGCUUACUUGAACUCACCAACUCCAUUCACUGAUACAAUGGCCGCGCUCCAUGAGAAAUUCGGCCAACCGCAUCAGUUAGCCUUAAGGAGAAUUGCUAUUGUCCUUGAGAGUCCUGACAUAAAACGAGGUGAUAUCUCUGCCUUCCAGAGGUUCGCUCUCCAGGUGCAGUCACUAGUGGGCCUACUGAGAACCCUGGGACGUGAUGGUGAAUUGGAGCUGAGUUGUGGGUCCCAUGUCACACGACUGCUAAGUAAGCUUCCCCCUGAGCAGCGUGCUGAGUUUCGUCGACAUAUGUUCCGCCAACCUGGUACAGCCCCUAAUCUGGUUGACCUUUCGAACUGGCUCCGUUAUGAAACCUGGUGCCACAGUUAUGAUGCUGAGCCGAUGUCUAAGAUCUCGCACAGUAAGUCAGACUCUGGGAAGAGAACUGUGACCAUCCUGCAUGGUGUUGGAGAAUCCCAGAGUGAAACUUCCAUCCCUCGGAAGGGUCCUGUUUCACAAACCAAGACCGGUUAAAGUGAAACGUUAUUGUCCUUUCUGUGACAAGACCGAGCAUUACCUGAGCCAGUGUGCAUCCUUCGCUAAGCUUACCUCCGAUCAGGUCAGGACAUGGAUUCGUAGCAACAACCGUUGUUGGCGCUGCGCCAGGGCACACCAUGCCGCUCAAUGCGACCUAAAGAAGCCCUGCAACAUCUGUCAAGGCACCCAUCUCCGCCCGCUCCAUGAGGUGAAUGUGAAUCCAUCCCACGGAAAGAGGAUUCAGCCAAUGUGGAGAAGAGCUGCCUGACAAAUUCCUCUCCCGAUUGUUUCUUCCUUGAUAAACCCUCUGUCUGGAGGACGAGUUAUACUCAAAGUGGUUCCUGUGAAUUUACAUUAUGAAGAUCGCACCCUGGACACCUAUGCUCUUCUUGAUGACGGCUCAGAGAGGACUAUUCUCCUCUCCACUGCAGUUAAGGCCCUGGGCAUUCGGGGUGUCCCUGAAGAUCUUCCUUUGCGCACAGUGAGGGAUGAUAUACAGGUCCUUCAUGGUUGCUCCAUAUCCUUUCAGAUAUCUCCCCUCUGUAAACCUCAGACCUGUUAUAAAAUCAAUCAUGCCUUUACUGCAGACCGUUUGAACUUGUCACGCCAGUCUUACCCUGUAGAACAGCUACAACAGAAGUAUAGACAUUUGCGGGGUCUCCCAAUCCGUACACUUACGGACAUUCCAACCUUUACUUCUCAUUGGUUCUGAUCAGCCCCACCUCAUAACUCCGACAGAGCCUGUUCGAAGGGGCGGCCCGGGCGCGCCAGCCGCAGUUCACACACGCCUAGGAUGGACCCUACAGGGACCCAUACCUUCCAUGGGUUG